AACUAUUCUAGAAAAGUAUACCCUAUUUGAUGGCUGGGCGGAGAGAGAGAGAAAAAAAUAAAAAUGGCGCCAAUUUGUAUGCCUUUGAUGAAGAGCAGCUUCAAAACUCUGACAAGGGCCUGUACUACUCCAACUCCUACUACUUCUACUAAAGAGCGUGAACAUAACAAAUCAAUGGUUUCAGAGAAGACUCAGAAAAAUUCUAGGGUUUUGAUAUUGGGUGGAACUGGCAGAGUUGGAGGCUCCACUGCCAUUGCCCUCUCCAACCUCUGUCCCCAUCUCCGCAUCGUGGUCGCUGGCCGAAACAGGGAAAAAGGUGCCUCUAUGGUUGCUAGGCUUGGGGAGAACUCCGAGUUUGCUAAAAUAGACGUAGAGGACAUAAAGUCGUUAGAAGCAGCGUUAAAUGAUGUGGAUCUUGUUGUACAUACCGCAGGGCCAUUCCAACAGGCAGAAAAGUGUACUGUACUGGAAGCAGCCAUACAGACCAAGACGGCAUAUCUUGAUGUGUGUGAUGAUACAAGCUAUGCAUGGCGUGCAAAAUCUUAUAAGGAUAAAGCACAGGAUGCAAAUAUUCCAGCAUUAACAACUGGUGGAAUCUAUCCAGGAGUGAGCAAUGUGAUGGCAGCAGAGCUUGUUCGCACUGCAAGAAGUGAAAGCAAGGGCGAGCCAGAGAGGCUAAGAUUCUAUUACUACACCGCAGGCACUGGUGGAGCUGGCCCAACAAUUUUAGCCACCAGUUUCUUACUUCUAGGAGAGGAAGUUGUUGCUUAUAGUAAAGGAGAAAAGAUCAAACUAAAGCCUUAUAGUGGAAUGCUCAACAUUGACUUUGGAAAAGGGAUUGGAAAGAGAGACGUUUAUCUCUUGAAUUUGCCAGAAGUAAGAAGUGCUCAUGAGGUUCUACGAGUACCAACGGUCAGUGCUCGAUUUGGAACUGCACCAUUUUUCUGGAAUUGGGGAAUGGUAGCUAUGAGGAGUCUUCUUCCUGCGGAAUAUCUUAGAGAUAGAAGUAAAGUUGAACAGUUGGUUCAAUCAUUUGACCCAGUAGUCCGAAAAAUUGAUGGAAUUGCUGGGGAGCGUGUGUCAAUGAGGGUUGAUUUGGAGUGUUCAGAUGGGCGCAAUACUGUAGCUAUAUUUAGUCAUAGGAAACUCUCAGUAUCAGUGGGAAAUGCAACAGCGUCAUUUGCACUUGCCAUUCUCGAGGGAAGCACACAAGCUGGUGUUUGGUUUCCAGAAGAGCCUGAAGGAAUUGCAAUUGAAGCAAGGGAAGUUCUACUCCAACGUGCUGCCCAAGGAACAAUCAAUUUUGUAAUGAACAAGCCUCCAUGGAUGGUGGAGACAAACCCUAAAGAGCUUGGAUUAGGAAUCUAUGUGUAAAAUUUCUUAUAUAGAGCUCCGUGGACAAUUGAAGUUUCUCCUUUAGUUAGCUAGUUGUACCGCAGAGGUAAAUUUUAAAUUUAGUUUCAUGUCUUGAUUUUUGUAAGCAUGGCUUCAAGUAAAUUUUGAAUCCUGCCUGGUUAACUUUCAUUUUUUAACAUGUAAGGCACUUGGAAGUUAAAGCUGUUGUAGAGGCCGUUGACGAUUUUGCAGUAUUACAAUUUACCACUGAUUAUUCUUGUUUUACACAA